AUGCGUGUCAGUAUCCUGGGCAUUCUGGGCAGUUUCUUGUAUCUUGCUUUCACUCUCCGAGUUGCUGCGCAGAGUCAUGAAGGUCAACAGAAACUAUUUGCAUUCCGACACUCCAACAACGCACACGCUACAAAGCAUAUCAUCACACCAGAAUUCUCAAGAUUCGUAGAGGACCUCUUAGAGAUUGCGAAUAUCCCAGGCUUGACCCUCGGAAUUGUCCACACCGACCGCGAGGCAGAGCGAUUGGUGGAACUUGAUGCCUGGGGUCGCAAAACGGAGGAGGGGUUCGGGCACGACAUGUCUCCAGACGCAUUCAUGGCGACUUCCCUCGGACUCCUCAUGGAUGACUAUGCAAACGGGCGAAAUGUGACCCCUCUUCCAAGAAGUGUUGCUCAGUUCGACUGGGACACCAAGGUCCGCGACCUCCUCCCGGACGACUGGAAGCUGGAAGAUGAGUGGGCGAGCGAGAUGACGAACAUCAGGGACAUGCUCGGCCAUGUUACUGGUAUGCCGAGGCAUGACUACUCCUACCAGCCGGGUGAUACACCGCAGGGAGUAGUUCGUAACUUGAGGAAUCUGCGUCCCGGUUACGAACUUCGGAAGAAGUGGUCUUAUAAUAACCAGAUGUACAUUGUUGGCGCACACUUGAUUGCGACGUACGCGAACAUGUCCUACCCGGAAUUCGCAUUAUCCCGCAUAUUCGAGCCACUGGGCAUGGCCUCCACCACAUUCUCACCAGAUGUGGCGCAGAGAUCUGGGAAGCGGACGCAGACGUGGACUAAAUUUGGAAGACGGAUAUCGUUCUGGUUCACAGAAGAAAUAGCACAUUUGAAGGCGGGUCCGGGUGGCAUCAUCUCCAGCGCGCAAGAUCUGACGAUCAAGAUACUGACAGAAAAUGGACAGACGAAGUGGGUCACGGUACUCCUCAACGCCGGCGUCGAGCCAGUGUCGAACACAACCAUUAUCCCACGCUCGGUCUUUGACGAGAUGACCACUGCACAUUCUGUAGUCUAUGGUUCGUCUCCCGCGCCAGACAGCUCACUGAUUGGCUAUGGUAUGGGCUGGGAUCGCUGGUCGUACCGGGGACACGAGAUUGUCGCACAUACUGGCGGCCUUCCUGGUAUCUCUACGCUGGUUGCAUUGCUCCCUGACGAUGGACUCGGGUUGGUUGCCCUGGCGAACGCAGACGAGAAAGCAGCGGCCGAGCGAAUACUCAUGGAACGUAUUUUGGACGACAUGAUCGACUUCCCUGAAGGCAGCCGAGCAACAUUUGUUGACGCUGAGCGAUACACUAAGCUUGAGCUUGGUGGUUCCACAAGCAAGGAAGUUCGUGGGGCGGCUCUGUGCUCCUCGGCCGGUUCAGCGCCUUCUCCGGCUGAACUUGAACCGUAUGCGGGCACAUACGGCAAUGAGGGCUACGGGGCCAUCACACUGUGUGCACCGUCGAGCGACUCGUUCUACUGCAACGACGUCUUUGGGGACUUUGCUCCCUUCCGUCCUGAUCCCGCUGUCAGUUCGCCAAUGCUCCUGGCCGCAUACCCGCGCGUGUGGACGACGCAUGUGCGCAUGAUACCGUGCGACGGCGAGACUUUCGACCUGGGGUUCACGGCGCUCUUUCCGCACGGCUACGGGCGGAAUACGAGCGCAUUCGAGACCUUCGAGACGGGUGACGCGGAGGGGCAAGCUGUAUUUGUCGUUGAGGAGAAGAACGGAAAGAAGACCGUGAAGGGCUUUGGGCUACUCAUCGAUCAAGAUGCAGUCGCCGAGAGGAAACGGAUGAUUGGUACUUCGGUUGAGCAAUACGCGGACGCGUGGUUCGAGAAGGUGUAA